AUGUAUUUUGACCUUUAUGGGUCGACGCAGGCAAUCAAAUUGCGUGGGACCGUUUCGGUAUCUCGAUCUCAUUCGCCUCUGCCCAGAGGCGCAUCUUCAUCAACUUCUGCACCGAAACGGGUUGCUCUUCCACCUCUGCCAACUAUAAUUCGUAGAUUUAUUCUCAAAGGAGCUGUUCUCAUCGAAAUGUCGAAAACGUUCGCUAAUAGCCCAUUCUUUAACGAAUUUCUGCGUUAUGCUGAUCACUACUCGAUGAGGGAGUCUUCGCUCAACAGGCGUGGAACGAAACUGUUGUGGUGUUGGCGAGAGGUGAGAGAUGAAGCUAAUGGAGCGACUCUAGUACCUAGUUUUUUCGACGAUGAUUAUGGAGAAGAGAGUGCUCAUGCAGGACAUGGUGCUCUCCCGCCAAGAGUGGCUGCCAAUGAAAUGAUGAUGCGGCGCACCAUCGACGACUUGCUCGCCGAUACAAACACGGGUCUUCCCCAUCCUCCGGCGUUGGCUCCAAGACUGGAGCCGUUGUUUGGAAGGCCGUCGGGCGCCACGCGUGAAUUGCUGUCGUCAUCUUGUUCUUCGUUUUUACCGAUUCCUCAAAAUCUAAGCCUGACAUUUACGCGUGCCCGAAGUGCAGCCUUGAGCAUGGACUGCAAACCUUGCGAAAGUGGCGAUGUAGCUCAGGGAAGCGAGCUCGACGAGUGUACGGUGUGUAUGUCGGCUAGUGUGAAUAGCGCCUUAUACAAGUGUGGCCAUUCCUGUAUGUGUUAUGACUGUGCAGUGCAAACCUACCGAUCAUCCGGUCUUUGCCCUCUCUGUCGUGCCUCAAUUUUAGACGUCAUCAAAAUUUUCAAAGCAUGA